AUGUCUGCUGCACCUACUUCAGGAGCUCCUCACACAAGGAAAAGAAACAGAAUAACACUUGUUUGCAAUGUUUGCAAAUUUAGGAAAGUGAAAUGUGAUAGAAAUCUGCCAUGUAAUUCUUGUAAGAAAUAUAAUACUUCAGAUAUAUGUUCAUAUACUGAACCAUAUAAUGGAGAACAUCCGACAAAGAAACUGAAUACUGCUACAACAUCACCUUCAAAUGGUGUGGUGCUAUCAUUACAUUCUGGAUCUAACUCCACCUCAUCUAUAGUAUCUACAAAUAAACCAAGCUCGAACUCUUUAUUCAAUUCUGGUGAAUCUCAAGAUUAUGGUUCCAAAGCAUUUGUUGGUGUUAAUCCUAUUGCAUCUCCAGAUGAUACUAUAAAUUUUCAUAGAUACAAUUCCAUAUCUAAUGGUGCAGAUUGUAGUGAGAACUGUCCAGGACCAUUUACUUGGUCGGCGUAUAUGAGGCUUGAUCCUGCUAUGAAAGAUAUGUGUGCAUUCUUAACUGUCAAAGCCCAAGAUUUUGAUAAUCGAAGAGUUCAACUUAUAGCCAAAUUACAAGGUGCAGAUAAAGCUGAAUUUGAAAAAUCAUUUCAUUGGAAUAAAACUCCCCUCCAGUUCUUACAGAGAAUGAAUCUUAGUGCCAUUAAAAUAUUUAAUCCUUCAGAAUAUAAUAUUAAUGAUAUUUCACUUCCCUUGGGUUUAAAUUUUGUAGCAGAUGAAGAAACCCUCAAUGCAAAUAAUAAUAAUUUAAUUGAAAAGAUUUUAAAAGUUUUGCCAACAAAAAGAAUUAUGUGGAUCCAUGUUAAUAGAUUCUUCAAAUUCAUUUAUCCUUUUCUUCCAAUAUUAGAUGAAAUUUCUUUUAAAGAAUCUGUUACUGAAUUAAUUGGUGAAGAAUCUUAUCUGGAUGAAAAGAUUUCGCAAAUAAAGAUUUCAAAGAACAUAGAUUUUGCUAUAUUAGGGAUGAUCUUAAUAAUUACUAGGAUGAGUUAUCUUUCAUUAAUUGCGAAUGAUAAAGAAGUCGAUAGUUAUAAUCUAAACUAUACUCCAGCAAGCGGUCCAGCACCAUAUGUUGAGGUUCAGCAGUUAAGUUCUUCUGAGAGAGUAAGUUUGAGAAUUCUUCUAGAGAAUUCAAUUGGUAUAGAAUAUAUUGUCUUAGCAAGGUCCUGUCUUAAUCAAUUUCAACUUUUCCAAAAGAUUGAUUUGACAAUUUUGCAGUUGGCAUUAUUAAUGCGAAUGUACGUAUUUAUAGCCCCUGAGGAUUCGGAGGGUCCUGACCAGAACCAGUUUCAAACUUAUACUGGAACUUUAAUCCUGAUGGCUUAUUCCAUGGGCUUACAUCGUGAUCCAGAAGCUUUCAAUGAUCCAGAAAGUAAUCCCAGGAUAAAUAACCUCAAAAGGAAAAUUUGGUUUUUAUUGAAUUACAUAGAUUUGUUCCAAUCUUAUACUUAUGGUGUUCCGCUAACUACAAAUCCCUUAUUUUCCGAUUGUAAAUUCCCUUAUAUCGAUAAAGAGAAUAAUAAUAUUAAUAUUACAUUCUACAAUUUGGAAACACAUACUUUAAAUUCUUGGAAAAUAUUGGAGCCUAUUUUCGUUAAGUUAAGGUUAAUUUUACAUGACGUAUUAAAUGUUAAUCAUGAUGUAUCGCUAACAAAGCUCCUGGAGCAAUUAAGUGAUGUAGAGAUUUUCGUUGCAAAUUAUAUGGGUACAGAUGUCCAAGAAUUUCUUGAUGCAAUUAAGAAUCUUGAUGAACCAGGGAAGUUUCAUAAAGUGUUACUGUUUACUUACUAUAUCCAACUUAAAUUUUUCUUAAUGUCAGUCUAUUACCAUUUAUUCAUUUAUUAUGAAGGUAAAGGUAAUUAUGAAUUAACCUAUUUUUAUCUUAAGAAAAUAUUCCUGAUUAUCGUUGAAGAAUUUUUGCCAAAUUUUGGUAACGUUCUCGAAAUGCAACAUCAUUAUUUUGGUUACGCAUGUAAUUUAUUUUUAAUUCCUGUGCUAGAAUCAGCUAUGCACAGGUGUACUGGUUUUAUGUUCGGUAUUGUUGUUAGAAUCAAUUACGCUUUAAGAUUUUUGUCAAAGAUUAACACAGAGGAUCAUGAUAGAAAAUAUGCCAAUGAUCUUGAGUAUAAAGCCUACUAUGAUUCAAUGGAGCAACUUCUUUACUUUUGCAAUAAAUAUUGUAAAAUGUUAAUAUUAUGGUUCGCUAAAUUGGGAGAUAGAUAUUUGCAUUCUUGGAGAGUUAGCAAAUGUCACAUGUAUAUUUUAAAAGCAAUUGGCAGUGAUGAAUUCUAUAAUGUAUUUGAUUUUGUGCAGUUAGCACCUGGUGGUGAAAAUUGCGUAGGUACGGAGUAUCAAAAGACCUUGAUUAAGUUUAGUUUGUCAACAGAAUUAGCUGAAGAACUUGUCGGUGUUAUAUAUAAUGCUUUAAAAAGAUUCCGUUUCACUGGGGGCGAUAAACUACGUGAGCAAUAUAUAUCACUUUAUGGACCACUUUCCCAGGCUGAUGAGGCAAGACAUGCCAUUGCUCAAUUAAAACUGUCAACUUCAGAAAAUUUUAAGAGCCAGAGAUAUGAAGAGACUCCGCCAGCUUCCCAAAUCCCAUUAGAAACAAGUUUUUCUUUACCAGAAUUAUCUGGUGAAUCUCAGAGUCCACAAGAAGUUAACAUUGAUUAUUUAUUUAAUAUGUUGAGUAAUAAGGCUGCAGUAGGUGCUAAUUAUGAUACAUUCACUACUACUUCGGAUUCGGAUGCUAGUAAAAGUGGUCUGGUGGAAGAUUUACAUAGUGUUUUAGAGAGUUAUUAUGCAUUGGAUGAUCCUCAUUUUGAGAUCUUUAACCGUCUCCCUCUUGAUAAGCUUUUUGGUAGCUUUGAUGAUUCUACUAAAUAGUGGAAAGUGCUUUACGUUGUAUAUAUUAGGUAGUUUGAUUUCUGUUUUAUGUAAAUAUCGGGGUAAUUUAAUAUUAAUUCGCAGCAAUUUUAAUAUAAUUUUAAGAAAAUAAAUAAUAUAGAGGCUAUCAUUUUACAUAGAUGGGGAGCAAAUACGUUCUUAGUAGAACCUCUCCAAGUAAAUUAGACGAGUUUAGAUAAUACAAAUACAGUAUAUAUUAUUAC